CGGCCGGGCCAGUCUGUCGGGGGCAGCGAUGCUGAAGCUUCUCCUGGCCUGGGUGGCCCUGGGGCCCACCCUGGGUCAGGGCCCCCAAGGCCCGGAGGAGGCCGCGGCCUCCUGCGGCCCGAGCAGCUGCUACGCGCUCUUCCCCCGGCGCAGGACCUUCCUGGAGGCCUGGCGGGCCUGCCGAGAGCUGGGGGGCAACCUGGCCACCCCCAGGACCCCGGAGGAGGCGCAGCGGCUGGGGCUGCUGGCGGGCCGGGGGGCCGCGGGGGCCCCGGGCCGGCUGCUGUGGAUCGGGCUGCAGCGGCAGCCGCGCCAGUGCCACCCCCAGCGCCCCCUGCGGGGCUUCACCUGGACCACGGGCGACCAGGACACGGCCUUCACCAACUGGGGCUCGGCGGCGGGGCCGGGGGCCUGCCCGGCGCUGCGCUGCGUGGCCAUGGAGGCGGGGGGCGCGCAGCUGUGGCGCGAGGGCUCCUGCACGCUGCCCGUGGACGGCUACCUGUGCCAGUUCGGCUUCGAGGCCGCCUGCCCGGCGCUGCCCCCCGAGCGCGGCCAGGCGGGCCCCACGCUCUACACCACGCCCUUCCAGCUGGUGACGGACGCCCUGGACUGGCUGCCCUUCGGCUCCGUGGCCGCCGUGCCCUGCUCCGAGGGGGGCGGCGCCUCCCUGCUCUGCAUGCAGCGGCCCGAGGGCGGCGUGGGCUGGUCCCGCCGCGGGCCCGUGUGCCCGGGGUCCCUGCCCGGCCCGGCCGGCUGCGCCCUGGACAACGGCGGCUGCGAGCACGAGUGCGUGGACGGGGAGGCCGGGGGCGCGUCCUGCCGCUGCGCCGAGGGCUUCCGGCUGGACGCGGACGGGCGCGGCUGCGUGGACCCCUGCGCCGAGGCCCCCUGCGAGCAGCAGUGCGAGCCCGGCGGGCCCGGGGGCUACAGCUGCCACUGCCGCCUGGGCUUCCGGCCGGCCGACGAGGACCCCCACCGCUGCCUGGACACGGACGAGUGCCAGAUCCCCGGCGUCUGCCAGCAGAUGUGCGUCAACUACGUCGGGGGCUUCGAGUGCUACUGCAGCGAGGGGCACGAGCUCGAGCCGGACGGCAUCAGCUGCAGCCCCCUGGGGCCGGGCCGGGGGGCCCUGGGCGGGGACACGCGGGAGGACGAGGACGAGGACGACGGGGGCUGGGACGCCUUCGACGGGGGCUGGACGGAGCCCGGCGGGCCCCCGUGGCUGGAGCCCACGGGGCCGCCGCUCGCUUUCGAGCCGCCUCACAGACCCCUGCUUCCCCAGGCCGGCCCCACUCGGCCCCCUCUGCACAUGCCCCCCAGACCUCCCUACCUCCCCCCGCUCCUCUCCAUCACGCGGCCCCCCAGGCUGCCCCUGGCCCGCUGGCUCCCCAUCAUCCCUGCGAGCCGCCCCCCUCCCCCGCCGGCCACCCGGCUCCCCGCCUUCCCCGCCACCCAGCCCCCCGCGCGGAAGCUCCCGGGCGUCCCCGUUUCCCGGCCCCCUUUGCCUGCGACCCCCAGGCCUCCCGCGGGCUCCAGCACCCACCUUCCCGUGCCUCCCGCACACCGGCUCCCCGCCCCCUCCGCCCCCCGGGCUCCCUGGCUGCCUGCCCUCACCAGCGCCCCCCCUUUGCCUCCUGCCCCCGGGGCCCCCCGACUCGGGCCCUCUGUCGGGCAGCCCCCGCCGGGUCCCGCUACCCAGCCUCCUCUGCCCUCCACCUCUCGGCCUGCCUCGGGCCCGGCCCCCCACGGGCCUCUGCGGCCGGCUCUCCCCUCCCCCGGGGCCCCCGUCCCCGCUCCCCUUCCCACGGACCAGCCCCCGCGGCCCCGGGCUUCCCCGCCCCCCUCUGGUCCCGAAGCCCCCAGCAGGCCCCCAGCCUCUCCCGCGGCUCCCCGCCCACCGGGGGCCUCUCCCAGCGCCCUCCCUGACCCCGGGCCGGCGCUGGACGUCCUGGGGGCCUCGGCGCCCCCCCCCACGGCCCGGAGCCGGAGCCGCAGGGACGACCGCUGGCUGCUGGUGGCCCUCCUGGUCCCCACCUGCGUGUUCCUGGUGAUCUUCCUGGCCGUGGGCAUCGUGUACUGCACCCGCUGCGGGCCCCGCGCCCCCAACAAAAGCAUCACGGACUGCUACCACUGGAUCACAAACUCGGGGGCCAAGGGGGAGGCUGAGCCCAAGGGGGGCAGCCUGUCAGGGGUCAUGACCUGCAGAACCAGUGUGUGAUUGGCGGGAACCCUCCUGCCUCGGACUACAAGGAGCCAGGCCCCCUCCCGUGGACCCGGGACAAGGGGACCCCUCCUAGACUGAAGCCCAGGAAACUGCACCCCGGGAUGGGGGGAGCCAGCGGCCCCUCAGCCCACGCUCACUACUACUCCCCAUAGGGUCGGGGGAACCCAGGUAUGCUGCCCCCCGCCCCGAGCCCGCCGCCAUGGACACUCACUGCCCCCGACAGACACACCCGGCCCAGCUCCCGCCAGGGCCCAGCCGCCCGCCACUGCACUCCCGGGGGCGCCGGGCCUGCCGCCCUGCCUUCUCUGCUCGCACCUCCCCGGGCCCCGGCCCCCUCCCGGCCUCCCCCCUCGGGGGGACCCCGGGCCCCGUCAGGGCCGGGCUGGGAGGGGGGAGCCUGGAACGUUCUCCAAUAAAUGGGGUGGUGACCCUCA